AGACAGCGUUUCCAGGUUCUUCUGGUUUCCGUGGACGGCAUGAAGACCGCCUAUGGCGCCAGAGCAACUGGCGACGAGGGGCCGCGGAAGCUAGCUCUCUGCGUCCUCUGUGGCCUACCAGCAGCAGGAAAGUCGACCUUCGCGCGCGCGCUCGGCCACCGUCUGCGGCAGGAACAGGGCUGGGCCGUCGGCGUCGUCGCAUAUGAUGACGUCAUGCCCGAUGCGUUCCUCGACGAGGCGAGCGCGCGGCCGCCGCCAUUCCAGUGGAAAGUGCUUAGACUGGAACUGUUGAAGUACCUGGAAUACUUCUUAAUGGCUGUCAUUAAUGGAUGUCAGAUGUCUCCCCCACCCAACAGGACUGAAGCCAUGUGGGAAGAUUUUAUAACCUGCUUAAAGGAACAAGAUCUGAUAUUUUCUGCAGAGUCUGAGGCCCAGUCUUCCUACCUCAUAAUGAAAACUGAUGUUUCUAGACCUUUGCUUUUGAUUUUAGAUGACAACUUUUAUUAUCAAAGUAUGAGAUACGAAGUCUACCAGCUGGCUCGGAAAUAUUCGUUAGGCUUUUGCCAGCUCUUUUUAGAUUGUCCUCUGGAGACCUGUUUACAGAGGAAUGGCCAGAGACCACGGGCACUGCCUGCAGAGACCAUCCACAUGAUGCAAAGAAAGAUAGAAAAGCCCAACCCUGAGAAAAAUGCUUGGGAGCACAACAGCCUCACAAUUCAGAGUCCAGCAUGUGCUUCGGAGGCCAGCCUGGAAGUGACUGAUUUAUUGCAUAUUGCCUUGGAAAAUCCAGUCAAAUAUGUUGAGGACAAUAUGGAACAAAAGGAAACAGACAGACUCAUUUGUUCAACUAACAUGCUUCAUCAAGUGGAUCAGACCCUCCGAAAAGUUGUGUCUCAGACAAUGAAGGAAGCAAAAGAUGAACAAGUGCCUCCUUACAACUUGAAGUUUCUAGCAGAAGAACUUAAUAAGCUCAAAACAGAGUUUCUGGAAGACCUAAGACAAGGAAACAAAAAAUAUCUGUGCUUUCAACAAAUUAUUGACAUAGCAGAUGUCAUUUCUUUUUUUAAUUAUGAGAAAGAUAAGAUUGUACUGAAGUAUUUUUCAAAGCAGCAUUAAAAUUUCUGAAUUUCCAAA